AUGGCCGAGUCUGCUGGCCUAUACCUACCGCCGAGCUCGACGGUAAAAGACCUGGCGAGGAGUGAUGCCUCCUCGCGAAGCUUGAAGCGAGAAGAAGACCGGCUCCCUGGUGGUGCUGCGUUGCGGCGGGCCAACACGAGCCCAACUCGACCAGCUCCGCCCGGUCAAGGCCAAGCAGCUCUGGUCCAUGCCGCGACGACGGGGUCACUAGGCCUUCAGGCUGCGGCGGUCGAGGCCCUUGAGUCAGGGGAUGCGACGGGCAGCGAUGCCCCGCGCGCGUCCGAGUCGAAGCUCCGGAAGGCCGCAGCUUCGGCACGCGAGGAACUCGCAGACUUCUUCAGCGACUGGUUCGGCGCCGUGCGCCUGCAUCACAAGGAGGAGGAGGAACUCCAGGCUGUCAGACCGCGGCCGCGAGAGGCGGAGCAAGCCGCGGUGCUGGGCAAGGCCACGCAGCCGCCCAAGUCCGAAGUUCGCAGGGCCAAGUUUCAAGUUGUCAAGGACCCCAGGACGGGCCGAAAGAGCAUCCGAGAGCCAAAGGUUAGCUCCACCAAGGUCGCGGACUAUCGGAACUACGCAGAACGAGAGUUGAAAGGCACAGGAUGGGGUGGUCCUCCCAUCAAGCGCCCCAAGCGCAAGGACAACCGUGACCUGACGCCUGCGCAGCAGAUGCAGCUCGACAUGGAAGGUCAGACAGUGCCGGAGGAGGACCAAGAGGGCCUGGCUGACAUGAUCCAGGGUCAGGUGCACGAGGAGGACACGGAGUUCUUCGUCAUGCAGAGCUUUCCGAUGUUCACUUUGAUCCAGUCCCUGGUAAUCUUUCUCGGCUACGUGGUGCUCUCAACCACAUCCGGAAUUAGCCUCGCGGGCCUGGAAACUUUCUUUCCUGGGCAGACCGACCUGGCUUUGACCAAUGUGGUGAUGAAGACAGGUGAGGCUGCCUGUCAGGACUUUCGCUGGCAGUUGUGGCGUGCGAUAACAUAUCAGUACUCACACAGCUCCUUCUCCCACAUGAUCGGCAACGUUCUCUUGCUGGUCCUGUGCGGUAUCAACCUCGAGGGCUUUCACGGCAGCCUGCGGCUGAUGUGGAUGUUCGAGAUCGGUGUGCUAGGCGGUGCUGGUGCAGUCUGCGUCUUCGACAGCCAUACGCGGGUUGUUGGGAUGUCCGGGGGCGCUUACGCCUUGUUGGGCAUGCAGCUUGGGGAUGUCCUCCUGAACUGGGAGCGGAAGUCAGCUCCGUACCGGCUGGCUUUCAUCUUCCUGCUUGUGCUGGUCGAGGUCAUGCUCUACCUCUUCAACCCUCAAGAUGAGAUCAGCUACUCCGCACACAUGGGAGGUGGGCUGGCGGGUCUUCUUUUGGUUAUCGUCUUCGGCCGGAACCUGACGAUAAAGACUUACGAUCUUGAGGUGCAGGUCAUUCGGAUCGCGAAGGUCCUGCUCUUCGGUUUGGCAGCCUUCUGUCUUUGCUGGACUCUCGCCAACUGGCCGCCCAUGAGCUUGCUGGACCAGGUGCCCUGGUGCUGGGCGAGGGAGGUGAGCAAUGAGACCCUCUUUGGGGAUGGAGGAUUCCAUUGCGUGCGAUGUGACGGGCCGGACUGCAUCGCACGGUGGUCACCGCCCCUGCAGAACGAGUCGUACUUAGUAAAUCCAAAGUCUUGCAGCAGCUGGGCCGUCAGCGAGCGCUGA